CUCCAUCAAUCGUCUCGCGGCAAUCCCCCUCCCCCCCUCACUCUGUCGGCUGUUUUGAAGCAAAUAUCAAAAGAUAAUAUCGCCACCAUAGAAGAGGAUGCAGGAGGUUGAUAUCCCCCUCAAGCUACUACAGAAGUGUUUCUCCAAUCGACAAGCAAAAAUCUCGGCCUCCAACGAUUCAGAGAAGAGGAUAACGAGAAGAUUUCCACCGUGUUCAGGACUGCCCGAGGAUAUUCUGGAUCUUAUAUUAGUAAAACUAACACUGCUCGCCGACUACGACCGGUUUGGUGCUGUUUGCGUCUCCUGGCGUAAUGCGUCCCUCGCCCCUCGGAAUCGCAGUUGCCGACUCGAAACCCGACUUAAGUCAGUGGGUGUCCCGCUUCUCCUAUUACUUUCCUCCGAGAACUCUCGGGUAGAAGAGGAUGGCCACGAUUGGACGUGCAGCCUAUACGACGUUGGCAAACGAAUUGUGGUGCAGGACAACAUCAAAUUACCAGCGUUGCCGAAAUCUCACGGGAGGUGCUGUGGUUCAUCACAUGGUUGGUUGAUCAUGGCAGACGAUUUUCUCUCCAUUAGGCUUUUAAAUCCUUUCUACCUUGGUGGAGGAAGCAAAUGCGGAGGAGGUAUGAUUCAACUUCCACCCCUUAAUUAUCCCCCUUGGCUUCGCUUUAUGAUGCUCAUAGACGAAGAUGAAUAUAUUUCCGAGCUUUCAAUCUGUAAGGUUGUGUUGUCCGCCAAUCCUGCAUUAGCUCCUAAGGAUUAUGUAGUCAUGGUCAUAUACGGUGUAGGUAAAUCAUUGGCCUUCAUCAAAUCAGGUGACAAAGAUUGGACCUACGUUCGCAGCAGGAUAGAUCCCGGUUGUUACGACGUUGUAUAUUGUAAUGGCAAGAUUUAUGCAGUGGAUUGCUCUGGUAUACUUUUACAUUGUGAUACUACUGAACCUGUUCCCAGGCUGAGGAAGAUGGCACCGGCUCCUUACCCUAUUCGUCAUUUGCAGUCUGAUGUAGAGUUUUAUUACCUCGUGGAAUCGCCUCAAAAUCAAUUGUUGCUAGUUUGUAGGAUGAUGGUGCGCACUCCCAGGGAUAAUGACAAUGAUCCUUGGUUUCAGACUACCGGAUUUAAGAUUUUCAAACUACUAGUCCUGGGCAAGCUGACGGCAUAUGUCGAAUUAAAGACUUUGGGCGACAGUGCAUUGUUCCUAGGUGAUAACCAUUCUACUUGCGUUCCGGCUGCGGCCUCUAAUGGUUUUCCAAGAGUUCAGCCAAAUUCCAUUUACUUCACUGAUCAUGCCCUUUCUUAUUAUACCUUCCAACCUAAUACACUUCGGGUUCCUGCUGACAUGGGGGUCUUCAAUUUGGAAGAUCAGAGCCUUGGAAAAUAUUACGACCUCGACAACAAUUUGUCCCGCCUGGUUUGCGUCACGCCACCAGUUUGGUUUCUGCCCUCCUUUCCUGGAAAAUGGGCUUGAGACUCGCCUAAACCAAUUCCUUGGCUGUCUCACAUUCUCUUGUCUUUGUUUGUCUGGUAUCCAACGUUUUGCGGAUACUAGUUGAAUCAUGAGUGGGGUAACCGGUCCCUUCUCUAGGUGUCUUUACAUCUACCUCUGCUGUAUGGUUAAGGGUGAACCACAACGUUUAUCGUUUUAAUUUAUUUCCUGUUUAUGUGUCAACUAUCAUCGUUUUUCAA